UAAUAGUUUUAUCAUUCAUUACAUUUUUUCAAUGGUAGAUUCCAAUUGGAAGGAGAAGUAUCCCUUUUUAGAAGAAAUUUGGAAAAAGUAUAUUAAUGAUGAAUUUGUUAAUGAUGGAGGUGAUCAUCUUAAAUUUUCUCUAUCAUGCGUUAGUAAUGUUAGUCAUAGGGACCUUACGUCUGUAACCGAACAAAUAGAUAUAUGCACAAAAUUUUUAAGAAAUUUGAAGUCAUUAUAUACAGAUGCAUAUGAUUCUGGCAAUUUUGAAAAGCGUUGUAACAACAUAUACUAUUGGUUAUAUUAUGAAAUGAAGGAACGAAAAGAUUAUAAAGGAUCUAUUAAAAAUAUUAUUGAUGCAUCAAAUGAGCUAAUACAGAAACCAAUAGAAAAAGAUGGCUGUUAUAAUUCGUAUCUGUAUGAGAACUUUGAUGAAACAGAAAAAUUAGUAAUGUUACAAAUAUUUAUUCGUAAUAUUGUUGUUAUUCAAGAAAUAUUAAACAAUAAAUGUGAUUCUAAUAGAACCUCUUGUAAAAAAUUUAUCAAAGAAUGUGUAGAUUUAUAUAGUAUGCAGCCGUAUUACUCUCAAACUUGUAAUAAUCCCAAUUCCAUUAUAGAUAAAACCUGUCUUGCGGUAAAAUCGUUUAAAGAAAAAUAUGAGGAAUUACGUUCCAGCCAAAAGAUAAAAAAUGAAUUUCCACCUUUAUCUACUGUAACUCCUGAAAUUAAUAUAGAUCUUUGCUUAUUAGAAGAAAGAAAAACUGAUCAAGCUUUUCCAUUACCAAGCAAUCAAUCAGAACCUUCUAUAAUUCAACG